UGCAUACACAUCAUAUUUCAACUAUUCACUCGUUUGUCUUCUUCUUUUUUGGGUGAUCUUCUUCUAUAUAUGUGUGUCUAUCUCCACAAGUGGCUUUUAGAGAAGACACUCGUUUGAGUUGUAGUGUUAAUACUAGGGUUUCUAUUACCAAUGGCUGAUUCUUCUUCUGCUUCUUACAUUCACAUGGUGCACCACAUGAUAGAAAAAUGUUUGAUCUUCAACAUGAGCAAAGAAGAGUGCGUGGAAGCUCUCUCUAAGCAUGCAAAUAUCACUCCUGUCAUCACCUCUACUGUUUGGAAGGAGUUGGAGAAAGAGAACAAGGAGUUCUUCAAGGCCUAUGAAGAGAGGCAAAGCAAACAAGAGCAAAUGUCGGAGGAAGAGACAACCCAGUUGAUCCUGAAGAUAAUAUCGGAUUCAUCUAAAGAAUCCGACGACUGAUCGCGAUGUUCGUUAGAUCUCAAAAACCUUAUAUAGUUUAUAUCUAUGAAUCUCAUUAAAACGUUUUCAUGAAUGUUACAUGUAUACCAUUUUCUACGACG